AGUCGACUGUCAUUUGCCUGUCGUCUGUCAACGUACGGCAGUUCGUCAACGCUUCGGCAGACGACAUUUUUUUCUGCGGCAUUUUCAUCCAAAACUUCCGGUGACUGAUAGGAACUUAAAUAUGGAAUUAACGGAGACCCCUUCGUGGGGUAGGAAUUUUAAAAAUGGAUUUAAUCUUCGUAUAUUAAGUUUAAUUAUCGUCCUAUGUUAUAUAUUAUUAUUACCACCGGAAGUUGCUGCGAGAGGUCGCAUGAUGGAGCCUGCGCAAAGAUCCAGCUUAUGGACUCGAGGAUUCGUCUCUCCCAGAAAUGACGACGAUACAGGACUUAACUGCGGUGGACGAUGGGUUCAGCAUGGAAUCAACAAAGGAAAGUGUGGCGUCUGCGGAGACAGGUAUGACGUCAUGCCACAUGAGAAUGAACCCGGUGGAAAAUAUGCCAGUGGUAUCAUAGCAAAUACUUAUACAACCAGUGACAGCUCAAUAUUGGUUGUUAUUGACAUCCAGAGUUACCUGGGUGGUUACUUUGAAUUUCGUAUUUGCCCGCAUAAUAAUCCACACGUUUCUGUACAACAAGAUUGUCUCAAUCGUCAUCAAUUGCGGGUAUGGGAUGUUUUCAACAAGGAACCUAAAUAUAGAUAUUACCCACAAGGAAUUGGCUUGCAGCGUCUGCGGGUAGAAAUUCCCAAGGGCAUGACAUGUGCACAAUGCGUCCUGCAGUGGAAAUGGCAUACAGCAAACGACUGGGGCCGAUGUGCUGACGGAACAUCUAGACUUGGUUGUGGACCCCAAGAAGAAUAUUACAACUGUGCAGACAUCACUAUUGAACAUGGAACUGACAAUACUAACACAUUACGAGAUAACACUGCUCGUUCAGAGAUGCCUAAUAUUGAAGCUAAUUAUCCGGUUAAUUUUGAAAUCGGUUAUCCGCCUUUUGAUACCAGAAACAUUAUUUCUGGUGUACCAGUUUCAUUUUUACCCCAAGAAGCGCUAAAAGCCGGAAAUUUCGGACCAGUUUUGCCAAAAUUUGAUUUUUACGACCCGUCUGUGACCAGCGCGCCUGAGCAAACAACAACGGUUGAAAACAGUCCAAAGGAAACUACUGUCCCACUAACUGCUGAAGUUAAAAAUAGUAAAAAUGUAGUUGAACUAAAGUUUAAUGGGAAUAAAGACAAGUCAGACACCACAACAUUGCCACAAGCAGUGGAUACAAAUAACGCUUUGACAUAUGAAAACGUAGGCAAUACAGGCACUGUUAAUAACGCUGAUAUAACUAUCUCAAAUCUUUUAACAACGGAAAUGCAACCUUCAGUAUCAACACCAACACAACAACCGUCAGAAUCAACGCCCACACAACAACCAUCAGAAUCAACGCCAACACAACAACCGUCAGAAUCAACGCAGCAAAACACAAUUAAAGAAAAGGUAAGCACACAGACAGGUCAAGCGGGGAUAGUGACUUCCGGUGACCAGUCGACGCUUGUAUCAGAGGCUGCCUCUACAACUAGUUCCGUCAAAGAUCUAAAGGCAAUCAACAGAGGAGGAAUUGCAAUUCCAACUUUUGCUAUCAGUGACCUUUCUACCGGCGGAAUGCUUGUCAAGGUCGGUAUGGGAGCAACUUCAGUAUUACCAACAAAGGAAUCGCCCGUUUCCGUCAGCACAGAACAAACACAGUCUGGAUCAUCCGCGCCGACAUUAUCGACCGUAGCUGAAGAAGCUGUGACAAAUACAAAACAAACAUCCUCCAGUUCUGAGCAAACGUCAGCAAAGGUUGACCAGACAACUAUUAACAGUCAAACAACAACAACAACUGAACGUCCAGCGCCAGUUCCAUCUCUCUUAAGAGCAACGAGAAAGGAGACAAGUCUUGAAGUUGAUCGCCCAAUUGGCAGACUUCGCCGUCGCCGCCGGCAAGCAAAUGUUCCCCCACCCCCACCUCCACCUGCAGGAUCUGAUCCACCAGCACCAAGCAAACCAAAACCAGUCGCUCCAUCACAGCCAACUACUUUCACUUUCGGAGGUUUGAUCGGUGAUUCAUUUAGUCGUGGUUCGACUAAAACGCAACAUACAUUUAUGACUCAGCAAGACUUCCAGCAAAGUCUUGGUGCUGUGGGUGGACCAGCCGACCCAAUGGCAACUGAAGCAUUAGGCGAGACUGCAAUGACCGCCACUUCCGUCACUGGUUCCCAGAGUAACUCCGUUGCCGUAGAUAUGCAAGGUUAUCCGCCGGAUAUGAUGUUGGCUCCAGGUCCUAUGCAGACGGCUCCUGGUCCAAUGGAGCCAAAUAUAGGAGCUCUAACUAUGAACCAAGGUACCCUAAUGGAGUCUAUGUACGCCGACCCAGCCUCUGUAGCGGUAGGGGGCUCUGUACAACCGCUGGAUACUCCUGUAGACGCUAGUCCUUCUACUUUCAUUGAACCUGGCAUCCCAAGACCACCUAAACAGUCAAAUGCUGAACUUAAAAUGGCUAUUGUCGGUGCACCUGUCCUCACAUCUGCUGUAUCCGACACAAGCCUCAGUUUGAACCCUGCUGAUCUUGUAGGAGCCAGUUAUAUUCCAGAAUUAAGUGAGGGACAGUCCAACCAAGCAGAGACCUCCACUGCUGCUCGUCAUGGUACGAUGAUUAUUCCAGUUGAGGCAGGACCUAAAAGAGGAGGAACACAAGUUGAAUACUUGGCAGGAUCUAGAGGUACAUCUAUUGGAGAGACAGCUGCUGAUACCCAGGCAGAGAUACGCAGUGCUACAAUGAGUCUUGCACGAUUUGGGUACCAGCCUACAGCAGAACAAGUACUAUCUGGAAACAUUGGAAUCCACCAUCCAACAGAAAAUUUAGAUACUACAAACCUGGAACCUGUGGGACCUUCUCCUACUGACACAUCAAGCGCGGUACCAGGCAUUCUCAGUUCUAUACUUGGUGGUGGUCAGACUAAGGUAACAGACGCUUCACUGGACCCUGCUGUACAGAAGACAAGAGAAGACCUCAUUCGACAACUUGGCGAAGCAAUGGGAGUGAUUGGUUCUGGUAAAAGUAUCUCUAAACAAUCAAACAGCCACUCUGUAUCAGUAACGAGUGAAUUAAGUGUAAGCGGAAGUUCCACUACUGGAAGUAACGCUCAGAAAUCAAUAGCUAAAACACAGACAAAUCAGGCCUUAGUAGAUCCCGAGAUGAAUCAGUCAGGAGGUGUAAUAGACGCUGGAAUGUUUCUUGGUGCUGGAACAACAGGAAGUAUGACCACUGUAAAUCAGCAGGUUGUUGGUUCAAAAGGAAUUGAUAUGCAAGGUAUGUUUGGACCAGUUGUGGAUUCCACAAGCAAAGUCGCCAAACAAACUGUUGUCGAUAAAGGUUCGGAAAAAGAUCUUUUUGCUACUUUAAUUGACGCCACUAGUCAGGCUUCAAAGCAGACAGUAACAGGCGUUGUUUCUCAAGGAGGAAGUGUAAGCAAGCAAACAGUUGUUGAUACUGGUUCUCAGUUAGAAAACAGUAUGUAUGGAACAUCAUUUGACACUGCCAGUUUAUCGCAAGCAGCUGUUGACUCCGGCCUACAAGAUAUGUAUGCCCCACCGACCAACCAAGCUCCAGGCAGUGUUUCACAGCAAACUAUAACUACAUCAGGCUCACAAAACAGUAUGUUUGAUAAUUCUGCAAUGGAUAUAUCCGCUGGACAGUCACUGCAAGCACAACACACUGGCUUACAACAGAAUAUGUUGGAAAUACCUUCUAAAGCAUCACUGCAGAUACAACAAAUUGACUCAAAACAGAGAAUGAUGGAAAAACCUUCCCGAGCAUCAAUGCAUACUCAACAAACAGGCACAAAACAAAGUAUGUUGGAAUCAUCUGCUGGAGCAUCACUGAAAACACAACAGACAGUAACUGACACUGCCUCAACUUUAAGUAAGUCAGGAUCAACUUCUGAUGCCACAUAUGUAGGCUCACAACAAACAGACGUUGGUUCUGGGGCACGCCAACCACAGAGUCCUCUAGAUUUAAUUGACAUGGGAAUGAACGGUAUGACAAUAGAAGAAAUGAUGGCAAUUCUAAAUAUGGAACAACAGAUAAGUACGUCACAGAAUAAUCAGCCAAAUUCUCGGUCAACCACUGGAAUCCAGGCAGGUACAGGAACAAAUUUGAAUGUAGCAAGUACAGGCUUCGACUCUGCAGCCAUGCUUGAUAUAGCAGGCACGUCAUCCGGAACUCAAAGUCAACAAUCUACAGUAGCUGAAACAAAUUAUGCCUCACCUUCUUUACAGACAUCAUCACAGUAUGAUGCUUCCAGUUUACAGACAUCAUCACAGUAUGAUGCUUCCAGUUUAUCAGCUACCAACACUGACGCUACAUCAUCUCAGUACGAUGCUUCCAGUUUGGCAAGUACAAACACUGGCGCAACAUCAUCUAACUACGAUGCUCCAAGUUUGUCAAGUACCAACAUAGAUGCUUCAUCAUCACAGUAUGAUGCUUCCAGUUUGUCAAGUACAAACACUGGCUCUAGAUCUUCACAAACCCAGAUUACCGACACACAGAUAUACAAUACAUUACAGAACAAUGCUAAUUCAAUCAGAACUGUUAACCCUAGAAAUAUGCCGGAUAUGCAAAUGUUGGAAGCCUCUUUGGCCUCUGGGGGACAGCAGACAGCUAGUUCCGCCGACUUACUGACAUAUGAUUCCAUUGGAACAAAUUCUGUUAAUGAAAAGCCAGUAGCUGGUGUAGAUCAAAUGCUCGCAGAUAUGAAUCUAGGUGCAUUUGAUACUAUGUUGCUAGAAACGACUAAUGCGGGUGGUCCAACGGUACAAAAAAUUAACCAGACGACGAAAGGUGGGGUAUCAACAUCGUUAGUAGAUACAACGAGCUUAGAUUUGACCUCAACAUCUACGGGUUCUUCUGCUUUAACAUCUGUUGAUACAACUGGCAGUCAAACAGGAUCAGCAGUAGAUGCAACAUUCUCCCAGCAGACAGCAGGCACACAAAUCAAUGCGCAAUUUGCAGAUAUGCCACCAGCAGAACCCUUUGACUUUUCCACUAUGACACAGGCAGAAAUGGAACAAAUGAUUCAAAUGUAUGGCGGUAUGCAAGCACUAGAACCAUAUCUUAACGAACCUGUUCCCGCCAACACAGGUGCACCAAUAACAUCUAUAGUAUCAGACACAGCUUCAUCUUCAGCCGAUAAAACCGCAACAGCUAGUACGUCACAGACGUCAGUUAUAGAAACAUCAGGUACCACCAGUACUAGCACAGCCACUGCCGAAACAGUUAAUUCUGAUAUGUCUACAAUAAAACAAUUUUUGAAUCCUGCACUUUUUGACACUUCCUCUGCAAAUCAGGGAGCAUCAUCUGCCCAAACGAUUACAUCAAGCGCUACAAAUCAGCAAGCAGAGGCGGAUCUUAAUGCAAUAAUGAAUGCAAUAAAUCCAAAUGGUGCACCCUUAGAUCCAAACGACACAAUAAGUCUCGCUGAUCUGCUCGCUGGCAGGUUCACACCAUCUUCCGUUGCAGCUGCUAGUAACCAACCUCCUCCUACGGCAUACGACACACAACCAUCACAAAACUCAGAUGUUGCCCAGUUAUCUAUCAACACUGUGCAAGAUUCAAAAACAGAAGUAUCGAAAAGUGGUGCAAGUUUUACACCUCUUGGACAGAUCGGCGCAGGCUCAGAGUUAAGCUGGGCUUCGUCAGACCAAGUAUCUUCACAGCCAGCUGAACAGCCUAAUUUCAUAUGGGACCCUGUCCAGAUGAAGUGGGUACAGCCAUCUGUUUCAGCCACAGGGACAGCACCAGCAUCUUCACAAGCCUCCGAAGGAACUCGGUCAACCUCAGCAUUGUCCCAAACAUCAACAGGAAGUCAGCAGUACCAACAAUCCCAACAACUAUCUCAGAGUCAGACUGUUCAACAAAACAUCUCUAAAUCUGGUACUGAUAUAUCAGCGACAGACAUGUCUAUGCACGGUCUAUCACUUUCAUCACAAACCGGCCCUUCGGCAAACUACGUUUCAGGCAAAACCGACACAUCAUCAUUUGGGUCACCGAUUUUAGGGAAUAUUGAUACCACAUCAGCGUCUGCAUCUGGAAGUGAUAUAACUAUGUUCGAAUCGUCUUCUUUAUUUGGCAGCACGGAUACAAGGUCCACAGGGCAAAGCACUAAGAACAUGUCGCCCUCAGGAACUUCUUCAUUAACGAACAAGAAGGACACCACAUCAUCUAGUCAGGCUCUAAACGAUGUGUCAGUAUAUGGAUCCCUUGGAACAGUCGAUGCCUCAUAUAACGGACAGACGUCAAAAGAUAUUAUCAUGACUGAUUCCUCUGCAACAUCAUCUGGACAGACUGGUACCCCAUAUAGCGGACAGACAUCAAAGGAUAUUAUCAUGACUGAUUCCUCUGCAACAUCAUCUGGACAGACUGGUACCUCAUAUAGUGGACAGACAUCAAAAGAUGUUACCAUGACUGAUCCCUCUGCAACAGCAUCUGGACAGAUUGGUACCUCAUAUAGCGGACAGACUUCAAAAGAUAUUAUCAUGACUGAUUCCUCUGCAACAGCAUCUGGACAGACUGGUACCUCAUAUAGCGGAAAGACAUCAAAUGAUGUUACCAUGACUGAUUCUUCUGUAACAUCAUCUUCUGGACAGACUGAUAUUACAUCAACGGUAACUGGGGCUGCGGACAAAUCUGUAUCUUCAUCAAAAAGCAAUUUGAGCGUUAUUCAGACUGAUAUUGGUAAGGCAAGUCUUUCCGACCUAAUUCCAAUUGGCGAACAUACAUCGGCACUAAUGACGGAGAAAGCAUAUCCGUCAACUCUCAAUGUUGACCGGUCACCAACAGUAUCUACAGCCGGAUCAGACAAAGUGAAAAUCGACUAUCCGACAACGUUGUCACCAGUAGUAGAAUCUCCGCCACCGCCGACUGGUAUACCGAGUGCAAGAGAGCAGUACUUGUUUAUGCAGGAAAGAAAGAAACAACAAGAACUGCAACUUUUAUUGGAACAACAGAGGAGUGAACUUAGGCGAAUGGAAGAACUUCGCAGAAAACAACAAGAAAAAAUGGCUUUAGAAAAGCAGCGAAUUGAAUAUGAAAAACAACAACUUGCUUUGAGAAGACAGCAGAUGGAAUUAGAGGCUUUACGCCAAGAACAGACAGUGCAGAGACAGUUUAUUCAGCAACAAAAGAAGCAACUAGAAGCAGAAAGAUUAAGAAUUGAGAGUCAAAGAUUAAAAGAAAUUGAGCUAAUAAAACAGCAAGCUGCCGAAGCCGAAAGGAAGAGAAUACUCCUAGAACAGCAAAAACAAAAAGAAAUUGAACUGGCUAGAAAACAAGCUGCAGAAAAGGAAAGGUUACGACUUGAAGCAGUCAGGAGGAAGGAAGCCGCUGAAGCCGCAGAAAGAGAAAGAAUACGAAUUGCUGCUGAGAAAAGAAGACGUGCUUUAGCAGCUGAGCACGAAAGAAUAAGAAUAGCAAAAGUCAGAGCUGAAGCAGAAGCCAGAGCAAGAGCACUAUCUGAAGCAAAAGCAAAAGCGGAAGCUAGGGCAAGAGCAGAAGCAGAAGCGAGAGCAAAGGCAGAAGCAAGGGCAAAGGCUCUCAUCGAAGCAAAAGCUAAAGCUGAAGCAGAAGCUAAAGCAAAAGCAGAAGCUGCAGCGGCAGCAGAAGCAGCUGCAGCAGCAGCAGCAGCAGCAAUUAUAGCUCAGUAA